AUGGGUCUAUCAGAAAAUAAAUCAAAACAAAAAUUUGGUUGGGAUCCAAGAAAUAAUACGUGGUCUAAUGAUACUUCAAGAUUUGGUCACAAACAUUUAGAAAAACUAGGUUGGAAGCCCGGUGAUGGGUUGGGUAUGGAUUCAAAUUCAUUGACUACGCAUAUUAAAGUUACUGUUAAAGGUGAUAAUAUGGGACUGGGUGCCAAACUAGUUAAAAGAAAUAAAAAAGAUGAAUUUGAUAGUGGAGAAUGCAUGGGGUUAGAUGCAUUUCAAAGAAUCUUGGGCAGAUUAAAUGGUAAAGAGGAUAAAAUAUCUACAGAACUGGAAAAACAAAGAAAGGAAAGGAUUAUAAAUGGCAAAUGGGGGAUUGACUUUGUUAAGGGUGAUGUAUUAGCUAGCACAUGGGAUGCUAAAACAAAGAAAUUAAUGAGUUAUAGCAGUUAUGAAAAUAAUUCAAAAAAAAGAUCAUUGGAUGAAAACAUUGCAACCAGCCAAGAAAAGAAAAAGUUAAAACUAGACAGAAAAAUUAAGAAGAGGGAAAAGAAGGAGAAAAAGGAAAAGAAGGAGAAAAAGGAAAAGAAGGAGAAAAAGGAAAAGAAAGAAAAGAAGAAGGAAAAGAAGGAAAAGAAGGAAAAGAAGGAGAAAAAGGAAAAGAAAGAAAAGAAGAAGGAAAAGAAGGAAAAGAAAAAUAACAAUACUAAACAACCAAAAGAAAAAGUUACCACUUCUCCUCAUAACAGUGAUGCUGUGACAAAAGAAUCAAUGCUGAAACCCACAACAUCAGCUAAGGACUUAGAGAAUGCUGGUAUAUCGGCAAGAUUGGCUGUCAGGUCUAAAUGGAUUAGGCAGAAAAAGGCCGCCGUAAUGGACUCUAAAGCGUUAAAUGAAAUAUUUAUGGUUGCCAAUUGA